AUGUCCAGAAGAUACGACAGCAGAACGACGAUUUUCUCCCCCGAGGGGAGACUCUACCAGGUUGAAUACGCGUUGGAGGCGAUCAACCACGCCGGCACGGCCAUCGGGAUCAUGGCGAAGGACGGCAUUGCGUUGGUGGCGGAGCGGAAGGUGACGAGCAAGUUGCUCGAACAGGACUCGAGCGCCGAGAAGAUGUACAUCCUGAACGAGAGCACGUUGUGCGGCGUGGCCGGGAUGACGGCCGACGCCGGCAUCUUGAUCAACUACGUGCGGGAAGCGUCGCAGGAGUACCUCAAGGUGUACAACAAGGAGCCGCCGCUCGAGCACAUAGUGAAGAAGGUGUGCAACUUGAAGCAGGGCUACACCCAGUACGGUGGGUUGAGGCCGUUCGGCGUCUCGUUUCUCUUUGCCGGCCACGACGACCGACACGGCUUCCAGUUGUACACGAGCAACCCGUCCGGCAACUACUCCGGCUGGAAGGCCACCAGCAUCGGCGCAAACAACUCCAGUGCCCAGACCAUCCUCAAGCAGGAGUACAAGGACGACCUCUAUCUUGAGGACGCCAAGAAGCUGGCCCUCAAGGUCAUGAGCAAGACCACCGACAGCACCAAGUUGACCUCCGACAAAGUCGAGUUCUCCACCGUGUCGCUGAACGGCAACGGCCACGUCGAGCUCAAGAUAUGGAAGCCCGAGGAGAUCGACGCUCUUAUCCAGGAGAGCGGCAUCCUCCACGACGACGACAACAGCAAAUCCGACGACGACAGCUAG